AUGAGUCAAUGGCAGAAUCAGUCUUGGCCUCCUCCACCCCAGUCAGCUGCACUUCCCAGAUCUGUGCCAGAGAAGUCAGAACUGUAUCCAUAUAGCCUGCCCAAUCAAAAAUAUAUACGGCAUCCAUACUUGCCGGCCGAAUACGAAUCAUCCCUGGCUGGUGACCAUCAGUAUCCAAACAGACAGUCACCCAAUGUGAAUCACUCCAUGCCACAUCCAGGAGAACAUCAUCAGCUUCCAGUAGGAGCAUUACCAUAUUCUCAGCCACCACUCCAACGUGCUGUUGGCCCUGAUGGCCAGUAUCCAUCCAUGACGAACCAGCAGUUCCCAAUCCCUCCUGGUGAAUUCACUAACCAUUCCAACUACGUGGCUACCAAACAAUGGGACCACCUUGAUCUCGGACAGCCUCAGGGAGGCUCCGGUGAACCCUCUGUUCCUAAGAAGCAGUGGUCUAAACGUGGAUCUGAACUGGGAGCGGACUCAGAAACCUCCAGCCAGAGAGGCUCAACGAGUAGUACAAGUGGGCGCAGUGGGCUGGAUUCCACAGCUCAAAAGGUCACGAAGCGUUCUCGUAUGGGAUGUUUAACAUGUCGCCUGAGAAAAAAGAGAUGUUGUGAAACAAGACCUAAGUGUUCAGAAUGCCAACGUCUCCGAUUGAAUUGCAAUUGGCCAAAACCAGGCACUGAACAUAAGAACAAGCCUAAAGAGGUGAAGAACCAGGAAAACAUGAUCGACCAUGAUAUUUACGGGCCAAUUAAAGUUCUUCGAGGGAUAGUGGAGUACAGAAGCAACUAG